AUGGCUGUAAUCAAAGAACUCACUUUAGGACCGGAUGGUUACCUUCAGUUCCGUUUCAUCGCCUGCAUCGGAGAGGGAAAUCGUCACUACAAAGUUGGGGAGACAUGGGUCGACGAUCAGAAUAUGUACUACUAUGAAUGCGAGAAGGAUGGUCCGUAUUUGAAAAGCCGUGCCAAGGGUUGUAUAAGUCAUGACAAGCAAAGAAGAGUCCCCAUUGGACAACGGGAUGACUUUGGAGAUUACAUGUGA